CUCGCCUCCGCCGACGCCGCCCUCGCCCUAGACCUCCUCCCGCCGCUCCUCGCCCUAUCGAUCGACGCCUCGGGGGCGGCAAUCGCCCCUCCGAUCCUCGAUCGGAUCCUCGCCGCCGAUUGGUCCAAGGCGCUGCUGGUGAAGAUCGCCUCGAUCCUCCGCGACCUCCCACCGAAAAUUAGGGUUUUCGUCCCCGAAUUCGUCGAGAAGGUCUUCGCGGGAAUGAUGGGGGUCGAUCUCCAGGAUCUGCCGUCGCUUGUGUACCAGCUACUGCUUUUGGUUUCUAAGGGAAUCUGCAAAAGGAUGGUGAUUGCGGGAUUGUUGGGUUUCUUCGGGGAAACCCUAAAGGGGCUGCCUUCGAUCGUGAGGCAGGUGGAAGGCACAGUUUUGAUGCACUUCAGCUUUGCCGUGAAGCAGGACCCUUCGCUAGGGCAGGAGAUCGUCGCCACCGUUCGAUCUAAUCAAGGCGCUGUCAAUCACUUUGCCGUCGCCGUCCUGCUGUCUGCCGCGAGGGUUCGGCGGUUCAACGAGAGUGCGAUUGGAGUUCUCCGAACGGUGGUGGUAUCUUCUUACAGGGAUUAUAAGCUCUCUAGGGACUCCAAGUGGUUGCCUGAUUGCCUGAAAGAAGAAUGCCUUGAAACGGCCAAAUGUGUGGAGAAAGCCUUCAUAAAAGCUAUUAAUGAGAGCAACUGUGGGAGGGAGCAUCUAGUACCUAGCAUUGUUCAGUUAUCCUUUCUUCUACUUGAGUCUGUCGACAGCGACAAUAGAGAAGAAGAUGGUGUAUCUUCAUCUGGAGGCUUGUUGGGAAUUGGGGAGCUUGGUAUUCAAAUGCUAAAGAUGCUAUUUGAGGUCCACGACAUGGCGAGAGCUGAGAUAAUUGAGCAGUGCAAAUUCAGGAUUCUUUCAUUGAAACCUCAGCGAAGCACGCCAGUUAUCAGGUUGCUCAGUUGUUUAGUUCAAAGCUAUCCUUACCCAAUGCUAGAUCAUGUUGCACACCUAAAGGAGUUGUUGGACUACUUCACUUUCAUGCAUGAAAAAACUGCUACUGACCUUAUCAAUGGCAUCUUGCCUCUUGUCAAAUUCAGCCAUGACUUGCAGGAUUACAUAAUUUUGGUUGUAAGAAAGGCCAUGUUUAAGAGAGAGGAUACUGUUCGAAUUGCUGCUGCAAAUGCUAUUGUUGAUCUGAUUGUAAUGGAAAGUAAGUUCAAGAAAAGUGGUCCCCUGCAAGAGUCAUCCAGCCAAGCAAGUUGCAGCCAGCAAGCUGAGAUAACCUUCAAGUCAGGGAGAGAGCUUUUUCAAGACCUCAGUGGAUUGCUUCGGAGGUGUCUAUCGCAGCAGGCUACUGUAAAAGAGAUCUUAUAUGAGGGGCUCAUUAAAAUUGUUCUGUACGAUCCUUUAGUCGCUAAUAGUAUCAUCAGUUUUCUGUGGCCUCAUUUCUCACCCUUCUACAAUGAGGAUGCAGCGUCUCCCCUUAAAAUGGAUGGUUGUUUUAAGGUUGACAAUGACAAGAUUUGCGUUGUUGAACCUCUGGAUUCCCUCCUGUCCUGUGUAUCGUGGAUUCUUCUACUUCAGCAGCAAAGCAGAUCAGAUAAUCCAUCUAAUUUUGCUUGGCCAUGCUUCGAUUUUUCUCCUUCACAAAAUCACGAGGUUGGGAGAGUAUCAUGCAGUGAAUCAUUCUCAAAAGCAUUAUCCAAGAUCCGUAAAUUCUUGAGAAAAUGCACUAGUGAAGAUAAACAACUACAGAGCCAGAAUAACAGCUCGCUUGCCUCAGGAGUGGAGGUUAGACAUUGUCGUCAUCUGGCCUUGCUUGGAAUGAUUGAGGUAUUCAUUUCUAUUGCUGCUUCAGAGCUGGAGAAAGCAACGGAUGAAGCAAAAGUUGCGCUUGUAAAAGAAAUAAUGGAGCUCACUAAUUCGCACAGUUUUCUCGAAAAGGAAUCAAGUAAAAGGAAUAAGAUUGCCCAAAGAAAAGGGCCUUCAAAUGAUGUUUUGAAUAAAAGGAAUACCGAAUCCAAAGAAAAUUCACAUGUUUCAUACCACAGAUUAAAUCAAACAGGGGGGCAUUUCUUUACAACUUCAAGUCUCCAUGAACUUCUAGUCAGUGCAAUCAAUUUGUAUAGUGACUGUUACUCAAAUGAACCUACAGCAUCUCAAAAUCAUAGUCAAUCAUCUUGUUGGAAGAAAAUGGAACAGUGUUUGAUAUUAAUAUCAUUUGCACUGAGGGCUUGUCUCCACCAUUUAAAAUCUGUUGCUACAAUGAGAAGUGGACUAAGUGAUGAUUCUUUUAAGACAUUCUUCUACGGAGAUGUAAAAAAGCUCGGACGACCAAUAAUGCAGCUGGUGUGGCUGCUCAAGUCACUACCGAAGCUUGAGAAGGACUCAAAGAAGAAAGAAGCCAAAGGGAAGAGAAAUGUCGAAAGCAAAGGGACUCAACUCUUUUUAGCAUUAUUGUGUUUAAAAGAGUUAUUUAUGGUAAGUUUAUCAAAGGGCCAAAUUACAGAAGUGAUUGAGGAUCUGCUUACUCUGUCUACCUCAGAGCUGGGUGAAGAAGAUACAUUAAAUGCUGCCGAAGGUAUCAAUCGGCAGGAACAGUUGAUAGUGGAUGAUCAGGACCUAAGAAAUUUGCAUUUGUUUUUGGAUAACAAAAUGAAGCCGUUGUAUUGCCAGCUUCUUAUGUUGUCACUCCCCCGUGAAUCCGAGGUCCUAAGUGAAUUAAUUUCAAACAUUGGAAGAAAGCUGCCACCUAAACAAAGGAAUUCUCAUGGAAUAUGGGCUUCACGUAUCUGUCAGAACAAAGCAGUUGAAAAUCCUAGUGCUGCACGUGGUUUAGUAGCACUUGCCUUUUAUCUUCUACCAAGCCCAAAUGACAUGGUUUUUCUACAAGAAAUAUCUUCUGAGCUACGAAAAGUUAUGGGUUCUGAAGAUAAAGAACCACUAGAGACUUCUGAGACAUUUCCAAUUAUUAAUCAUUCGACAAAGAAUGCACUUUCUACUUUUCUCAUUCAGGUGUUUGAAUCUUCUCUUAUCGAAUUGGAUUGGACUUUACUGAAAAUUAAAGCAAUCCUCACCGUCAGCAAUGAAUCCACUAGCCUUGGUAAGUCGCAACAAUCCGGUGAAAGACCAAACGGGCUAGAGUUGGAGGAAGCACUUUUCACCAGGUCGGAGUUGAUCGUGCAUCUGCUUUCAUCUUUUGCGGAAAUGAACCUUACAGAUUCUCAAGCAGAACAGUUUUUGAAAAUAACCACAAAGUUUUACAAGCAUCUCGCUCGUAUGACAAAGCUUCAGAUUGCUCGAAAAGGAUACAAGCAGUCAUUACCUGGUCGUAAAUUUCAGACACUAGCAGAAGUGACUUGCACAAUGCUUACAGCUCCGCUCUAUAAUUUUGUUGCUCUUGUGCAAAGGAACCAGCAAGAGAACGGGAGGACUAGAGGAAUCCUUAGCAAGAUCAAAAGGGAGAACAGGUGUAUCCCUGAACUGAUAUUCCACAUUGAAGACUACGAAAAAUAUCUGAUACAACUCAGCAAAAUUACAAAGAUCAACCUGCUGAGGCACGCAAAGCGCAGUAUUUCGAGGGAUUUUAGGAUACUUCAGGCAAAGAAUGUAUCUGUAGAGAAAGAACAGCAAGAAGCUGAGCUAAGCCAGGGCAGUUCUGCGUCAUCCAAGGGCAAGUCUAGUGGAGAUUCCGAAGGCCCAGACGAAGAAAACGCAUGCAAACCGGUUUUUUCGGAUGAACUGCGCGGUAGUAUUGCUGGUGAAGGUUCUGAGAAUGAGAAAGAAGAUGAAGAGGUGUCAGUGAGAAGGAAGAGAGCUAAGAAGAGCAACAUUGUUCAAGAUUCAGAUGAGGAAAGAUAAAAUGUGAAUUUAUUAUAUGCUUGUUUACAGUGUAGGGUGCUUACGCUAUAAGUUUUGAUGGCGAAAAGGAUUAGAUGGUUGUGAUUUUUGGUAAUCUCUGUAGAUCAUGACUGAACGUAUGAUUGCAAAGAAAGAAAUGCAACAAUUAGAAUUUUAUGUAUUGUUUGAAUUA